GACGAUGCGCUCAGCCAGAUCUCGCGCCUGCAGAGCAAGCUCAACCAGCGCCUCGGGCCCGAGUACAUUGCCAAGCGGCCCGGCUUCGGCGGCGGCCCGCCUGUGCCCUACCUCGAGGGCUGGAAGGCCAUCGACCUCGCCAACGAGGUGUUUGGCUUCAACGGCUGGUCCUCGAGCAUCGUCUCGCUCGAGACGGACUUUUGCGACGUCGACGAGCAGGGGCGCGUCAAGAUUGGCGUGUCGUGCAUCAUGCGCAUCACGCUGCGCGACGGCACGUACCACGAGGACGUGGGCAACGGGGCGAUGGAGGGCGUCAAGAGCAAGGGACAGGCGUUCCAGAAGGCCAAGAAGGAGGCGGCGACGGAUGCGCUGAAGCGCACCAUCAAGAGCUUUGGAAAGCUGCUGGGCAACUGCAUGUACGACAAGCGCUAC